UGAACCUGAACUGGAACGCUCUGUGUACUAAAUGUUGAAUUAUAGCAAAGCUCUUGAUCUUGUUUCAAGCUAAUUGAUUCAGACAUGGAUUGAUAUGAAUAAUCUCUUGUAGUCAUGUGAUCCAAAAUAGCCCUUGUGCUGAAUCCCAAGCCAGUAGAGCACCUUUGCUGAAAGGUUGAGGUUACUUUUACACUUUGGUAAAUAUUGAAAAUUUUAACUUCAGGUUUUUCUGAUAUUUUUAAAGAUUUGUAUCCUAAAUCAGACAUUUUCAGUGUUGUAUCAUCAUUUUGUGGGACUUAAAGGGUUAUUGGGAUGUCUGGAUCAGGGAGAACUCCAGGAAAGUGAAGCUGCCAGAUGUGAUCAUGGACAUUUUUUGUUGAGAAGCAGAGCUUGUGUUUUUUAUUGCCAUCUUUCGUGAUGGGUCAGCGACUCAGUGAGGAUUCUGACGAAAAAGAAAUUGAUGUUGCAGAACUGCAGGAGUGGUAUAAAAAGUUUGUGGUGGAAUGUCCGAGCGGAACCCUCUUCAUGCACGAGUUCAAGAGCUUCUUCGGGGUAACGGAAAACCCGGAAGCGGCAGAUUACAUAGAAAACAUGUUCCGUGCUUUUGAUAAAAAUGGGGACAACACUAUUGAUUUUCUGGAAUAUGUUGCAGCCUUGAAUCUAGUGCUGCGAGGAAAGUUGGAGCACAAACUGAAAUGGACUUUUAAAAUGUAUGACAAGGAUGGGAGUGGCUGCAUCGACAAAACAGAGCUCAAGGAGAUUGUGGAGUCAAUCUACCGACUAAAGAAAGCCUGCCAUGGUGAACUUGAUGAAGAGUGUAACCUACUGACCCCAGAUCAGGUGGUGGACCGAAUAUUUGAGCUAGUGGAUGAGAAUGGAGAUGGGGAGUUGUCCCUGGAUGAGUUCAUUGACGGGGCGCGACGUGACAAGUGGGUCAUGAAGAUGCUGCAAAUGGACGUGAACCCUGGAGACUGGAUCAAUGAACAGAGACGGCGCAGCGCCAACUUCUGAACUCCAUAUUCACCAAAACAACCCUUAACAUAAGCCUACCCCUUAACCAACAUAUACAUGCAUAGUUUCACAACUUCAGUUUUAGUCAUGGUUCAUGAAAGUGAAUCUUGAGUCAUCAGUACAAAUUAUAUCACUUUUUUUUUACUUAGUAGUGUCUGUCUCCUGUUUUUUUUUUCUUUUUUUGACAAACAGAAUUCAUUCUAUCUACAUGUAUUUAUAUGUAUUCAUGUUUUCUUUAUUGUUUCUUUCAAUUUUGUUGCUAGGAUCUGUGAACAGCUCACUUUAAAUAUUGAUCUAUUAUUCUGCAGAUGAGGUGCGUUUGUUUUACUCUAUUUGGCAUAUUACUCAGUUAAUAAAUAACAGCCAUCAGUUUCAAAUGGGCAUAUAUGAUGUUUGUAAAUAUAUGAAUAUUGUAAAGACUGGAGUCUCUUGAAGGCCACAAUUGUAAAAGUAUUUGCAUCUGUACAUUUCUUAAAAAUAAAACUCGUCAAUCAUACAUUAAAUAUACUAUUAAUGAA